UCAAACAUGUUGACCCAACCACUAGCAUACUGGAUUUGUAUGGGAGGAAAAUUCACUUAUCUGCCGCGAUGUUCGGAGAUGUUAUGGGGGUGGACGACGGAGGGGAUCCUGUAGUCACCGAGGGUGAUAGUGACACUCGAUAUCUGGAGGAGAUAUUGAACGUUGUCGAGUACACCGUGUCCUUGACAAUGUUGGAGAAAUCUUUGUUGGAGUGCGUUGAGGCAGACAGCCUAUUUCUCAUUAAAUUUUCUUUGGUGGUCAUAGGGACAGUCCUUGCGCCGAAAACGGGGGUCGAUAUCACUUCGGGGUACUUGCACUCCCUUAGGGUUACCAGGGACAUUCGCCACAAGAACUGGGCGACUGCGGGGUUCAGGUAUCUGAUGAACUCAAUUUUCAGAUUCCGAAAUAAGGCGACGAAGAAUGUAUCCGUCGCACCUUAUUCCUCCAGUUGGUGUACUUGACUCACGUGGAGUGGAACUUUGGAUAUGUCGACCGAACAGUGCUCCCCGUUGAUUUUUGGGGUAGUAAACAAUGUAAGUCCGCUUACAAAUUUGUGAAAGACAAUGGGGGUCCCAACAGCGACAAGGUACAUCGAAUUUUGGUUACAAUGUGGUAAAGUGAUUUCAGUUGAUAUUAAUUAUUUUGGGUUUGAAAAAUUAAAUUUGUUAUGUUUAACAGAUAACGCUCACUUCGAAUCCCGUAAUACUGCCCAACUACUACUCCGACUCGGAAGGAAGAAAGAGCAGUGACCACUUUGUCAGCUCUAUCAAUGAGUUGAAGGAGUACAUCUCGAAUGAGUUAAAGUCUCAGUUGAGAUCAUUUUCUUUGAAAUUUAUGGACAAAGGAGAAGGUGUAGGUGGUAUUGACCGAGA